UGCCAACAUCAUCCACUCAUUCACACCGUUGCCACAAGUCUCGACUGACAAUGCGAACUCAUUCCCACUAAAGGGGUGAGUCUCUGAUAUCUCGCUCAUCUUAUACGACUUGCAUCAAGCACAAUGGCCGACACCGAGAAUUUCCCUUCUCAUCUGCCACAGCCCACCUCUCAUCUCCCACAGCCCACGCGGCAUGGCAUGCCUUCCCCGCAGAAACAACUCACCGAGAUGUCCGCGUCAGCGACAAACUCACGUACCACCAUGCCUCCUCCCACCGCGAAUGGCCAUAAGAGACAAGGGUCAAACUUACCUGAGUCAGCUACCAAAAGACCGACCCUUUCAGACCGGGCGGGUCAGCCCCUCAAAUCAGCUCCUGCUGCCCCAAAGUCCAAUGCGCCUGUUAGUGCUGCGGUGUCUUCAACGCUUCAUACCCGAUAUCCCUCUUCAAUAUCCUCGCGAAGCAAUUCGAUUUUUUCUCGAAGCACCUCGUCCGCCUCCUCUACCUCUUCCAGCUUCUCUGCCAGCGUUGGAAGCAGACUUCAGCCUCCGACAUCCAUGAACUAUGGUCGUCCCAAGGCCGCGCUUGCCAAAGACAGAGGGAGGGCAAUCGAUUCAAGGCCUGCCACAUCCAUGGGAACCCGAGGUGGAGGAAUUCAGGAUGGACCCAAUAACAAGCGUAUGGCCCCCUCUGCCCCCAUGAACAAGCUUUCCUCUGCCCCUAGGAGGAACGAUAUCGCGACAGCCCACAAAAUGAAUUCCCGGAUUGCACAAACAGUGGCCCGAACUUCCGGCGUGCUCAAAGAGGCCCAAUGUAUCUCAAGUACUGCCUCCAUAUCUGCACAAAUGUCGGCCUUAACAUUGAGUCCCCCCCGAGAGCGACGGCAUGCUAGUCCCAGCAAGAGCCCUCCGCUGCCACCUCACCCCGUAACCCCUUCUUCGUUUACCCCUGCUCCAUUUCCCAGCUAUAACAGCUCUUCUCCACGGAAGAACAAGGCCAGACAGUUUCUAACCAAAUCUUCCAAUUUAGAAACGUGGGAUCCCGAGGAGCAAUAUGGAAACAUGGAGAGGAUGUAUCAAGACGUUUGCAAGCAUUACAAAGAUGCCAUGGAAGAGAGCAAUGAGGCCAAACAAGCAUCUUCCACCUACAAAGACACCAUUGCUAGUCUUGAGGAAGACCGCAAACUAACGACCGAAGCCAUGAUUGAACUGCGAUGUGAGUUACAGACAACUAAGUACCGACUCGAAGCAGCGGAGCGAUCAGCACAGGAUAUCAAGCGAGAAUUUGAGCAGGAGAUCGAUGACUUGAAACGCGACCAUCGGAUUGAGAUGGAAAAUGUCCGACAGUCACAACGAAAGGAUAUAGACCAAGCCAAGGCUGACCACCGCGAUGAAUUGCGAGAGCUGAGAAAUAGGUACGAAGAUGAACUGGAGAGCGAACGAAGCCAAAGACUUCAGGCUGUCUCACAAGUCUCGGGCCAGGUAGCCCUGGACAAGCAGCGUCAUCAACUCGACCUUGAACUCAAAGACCAGCAGAUUCGCAGCAUUAACAUGGAAAUUGAACGACUGCUAGCAGAUGUGGAAAGAGAAAAGACUCUCAAUGCAGACCUACGACAGACGUUGUCAGCCGCUGGAACAAACGCAAGUCACAUGGAGGCGGCGAGACAAGCACUUCAAGCCAAGAUCGACUACCUUGAGUCUGACAACAAGUCUCAAUCGGAGGCAUAUGCUGACAUGGAAAGGAAAAUGAAUCAAGCCAUUGAGAGGGCGACAGAGUGUGAAGAAAAACUUAGGAAGGAAGAAAUGCUACGACGGAAACUUCACAAUCAAGUCCAAGAACUCAAGGGCAACAUUCGCGUUUUUUGCCGAGUGAGGCCCAGCGGGAGUGACGCGUCAGAAGAAAUGGCACAGAUCUCAUUUCCGGAGACUGACGAUGAUCCCAAGGACAUUGAAGUUCGUGGCCAGGAGGAAGCCAACAGUCUGGGCAAGGAUACGACUAAAAUCCACCCGUUCUCCUUUGACCGGGUGUUUGAUCCUUCCUGCAGCAAUGCUGAAAUCUUUGAGGAAAUCAGUCAAUUGAUACAAUCAGCCUUGGAUGGUUACAACGUCUGCAUUUUUGCCUAUGGCCAAACGGGCGCGGGCAAGACAUAUACCAUGUCGUCAGAUGAUGGCAUGAUCCCUCAAGCGUUGCGACAGAUUUACUCGACAAGCAAGGAACUCGCGACCAGGGGAUGGACUUAUCAAAUGGAAGGCAGUUUUGUCGAGGUCUACAAUGAGGAACUCCGGGAUCUGUUGGGUAAGGACGGCGAAUCUGAAAAGUCGGGCAAGAAGCAUGAGAUUCGUCAUGACAUGGUCAAUCUGGAUACCACGAUUACUGAUGUCAACACACUGAGCCUCGACAGUCAAGAGCAGGUGGAAGGCAUUCUGGCACAAGCGAUGUCUAGAAGGUCUGUUGCAGCAACCAAGGCCAAUGAACGCAGCAGUCGAAGUCAUUCCGUUUUUAUCCUCCGACUUAAGGGCCAAAACUCGAUCACGGGCAAGAAAUGCAAAGGCACACUGAACCUGGUGGAUCUUGCCGGGUCUGAACGGUUGUCCCACUCCAAGGCGGAGGGAGCACGAUUGAAAGAGACGCAAGCCAUCAACAAGUCUCUUUCAUGUCUCGGGGAUGUGAUCGGGGCGUUGGGUCAGCAACAAUCAGGUUUCAACCCGCGGGAUAGUGUCAACGGAUCCAGCGCUGGCAGUGGCGGGCACAUCCCUUAUCGAAACAGCAAACUGACGCACCUGCUUCAGUUGAGUCUGGGAGGCAACAGCAAAACACUCAUGUUCGUCAUGGUGGCGCCAGAGAAGAAGUGUCUGAGUGAGACGAUCACGAGUCUCAAGUUUGCCGACAAAGUGAGUCGAACGAGGAUUGGGGUGGCUAGAAAAACGACGACAGGGAGGUGA